UCCUCUCUUCAGCCACAGCUAACUCACUUAGCAAGAAGCUUGAUUCCGAAGUUAGAAGAGGCAAUGGGCUCUACCGUGACUAGCGACGAGGAGGCAUGCAUGUACGCGCUGCAGCUAGCAACGUCGUCUAUCCUGCCGAUGACGCUAAAGAACGCCAUCGAACUGGGCAUGCUCGAGACCCUUGUGAGUGCCGGCGGGAAGGCCCUAUCCCCGUCCGAGGUGGCCGCGCAGCUGCCAUGCAAGGCCAACCCAGACGCGCCGGCCAUGGUGGACCGUAUGCUGCGGCUGCUGGCCACGCACAAGGUCGUGUCGUGCGAGAUGGAGAAGGGCGAGGACGGCCUCCUCGUCCGCCGGUAUAGUCCGGCUCCGGUGUGCAAAUGGCUCACCGCCAACGAGGAUGGCGUCUCCAUGGCACCCAUGCUCCUCAUGGUCCAGGACAAGGUCCUUAUGGACUGCUGGU